AUGGCAUGCAGGAGCGGCUGCUGCUGCGGCUCCGGUCCGAUAAACGAGGAUAACGCGCGGUUCCUGCUGCUGGCGCUGUUCAUCGUUGUCUAUCUCCUGUGCGGGGCCGCCGUCUUCUCUGCGCUGGAACACCCAAAGGAGAGAGAAGCGAAGGAGCGCUGGGCGCAGAGGUUCGAACAUUUCAGCCAGAAGUACAACCUGAGUAAGAAAGAGCUGAAUAACUUCCUGAGGAACUACGAGGAGGCGAACGUGGCGGGGAUCCGCGUGGACGCAAUCAGACCUCGAUGGGACUUCACGGGCGCUUUUUACUUCGUAGGAACUGUGGUGUCAACCAUCGGGUUUGGGAUGACAACCCCGGCCACCAUUGGAGGAAAAGUCUUCCUGAUGUUUUAUGGCCUGCUCGGCUGUGCAGCUACCAUCCUGUUCUUCAACCUCUUCCUGGAGCGUGUCAUCACCGUCAUUGCCUUUGUCCUUAAGUCGUGCUACGAAAGACAUCAUAACAAGGCUGUGCUGCCACAAAACGGACGUCAAGUCUCUGAGGGAAACAGAGCAAGUGGAGCCGGGGAGGAACUUGCAGGCUGGAAGCCCUCAGUCUACUGCGUUAUGCUCAUUUUAGGAGCGGCAGCCGUUUUGGUGUCUUGCUGCGCCUCGCUGAUGUACUCCGCAGCGGAGGGUUGGGGCUACCUGGACUCGCUUUACUUCUGCUUUGUAGCCUUCAGCACCAUUGGGUUUGGCGAUAUGGUUAGCAGUCAGCGAGUCGCCUACGAAGGCCACGCUACCGUUGCAUACAGGCUGGGCAACUUCUUCUUCAUCCUGACCGGCGUCUGCUGCAUCUACUCCCUCUUCAACGUCAUCUCCAUCGUCAUCAAGCAGGUCCUCAACUGGCUGCUGAGGAGGCUGGAGGCCCCCUGUCGCUGCUGUUUCCCUAGGAGGGGUCACCACCCGCACCGGCAUCCCCGUCGGAAUGUGGUGGCCCCAGGCCACCUCCGUGCCCGCAGAGACCCAUCCAUCGAGACAGAUGCCAUUAACGAGAGCGAGACUGACACUGGACGCAGGUUGUCUGGGGAAAUGAUUUCCAUGAGGGACUUCUUAGCAGCCAACAAGGUGAACUUGGCCAUUAUGCAAAAGCAGCUUUCGGAGAUGGCGGUCGGGAACCAGCGCCAGUCCAGCUCCAGUUCACGUCAGAACGGCUUCUCGGGAGGGGUGGGUGCACUGGGCAUCAUGAACAACCGCCUGGCAGAGACUAGCGUGGACAGAUAGGGGGAAGCAGCGCGAGAUCCUUUUAAAGGAAACAAAAGACACACGAGAAAGAGUAUGACACUUACACUGAGCACCGCCUCCCCAAGGAAGAAGAAGCUUUGAUUUGGAGGAUGAAGGCUGAUCCCCAGCAGCUACUGCUUAGACAGAAACCAUCUCAGCCCAGCUUCUUGCCAAGAACUUGGCUAGAUGAAAGAUGUACGAUAGCGUGCUGGAUUUCCACAUCUGGACCAGGCUCCGCGUGCCGGAAUGUUCCCCUGUGAGGGAUCCAGUUUCCAUGGUGAUAAAUAAAAGCCUGCCUAAAGCCUGUAUCUAAGCUUUAAAGCCUGAUGCACUACGUGCUGCUUCACAUAGACCUGCAACUUUCACUCAUCCGCAGUACUUCACAAUACUUACU